AUGAACAAAUUCGGGAAAGAAAAACGAGGAAAUAAAGGCGCUUUUCAACAAACACUGAAACUUUUUCUUCUUUCUUCAUCGUCUUUUUUUUUUCUUUUUCGUUACGGUUUUUUCUUUCACUUCUCUUCUGUUUAUUUGUUUUUCAUUCCUACUUUAUUCUUCGUUACGCUUUUGUUUAUUCAUUCCUUUUUUAUCUAUCUAUCUAUCUAUCUAUCUAUCUAUCUAUCUAUCUAUCUAUCUAUCUAUCUAUCUAUCUCAGUCUGUUCAUUAUCUAUCUAUCUAUCUAUCUAUCUAUCUAUCUAUCUAUCUAUCUAUCUAUCUAUCUCAGUCUGUUCAUUAUCUAUCUAUCUAUCUAUCAUCUAUCUAUUUGGUCUAUCUAUCUAUCUCAGUCUGUUCAUUAUCUAUCUAUCUAUCUAUUUAUCUAUCUAUCUAUCUAUCUAUCUAUCUAUCUCAGUCUGUUCAUUAUCUAUCUAUCUAUCUAUCUAUAUCUAUCUAUCUAUCUAUCUAUCCUAUAAGUCUGUUCAUCUAUCUAUCUAUCUAUUUAUCUAUCUAUCUAUCUAUCUAUCUAUCUAUCUAUCUAUCUAUCUAUCUAUCUAUCUAUCUAUCAGUCUGUUCAUUAUCUAUCUAUCUAUCUUAAUCUAUCUAUCUUCAUCUAUCUCUCAUCUGUUCAUUAUCUAUCUAUCUAUCUAUCUAUAUCUAUCUAUCUAUUCAUCUAUCUAUCUAUCUCAGUCUGUUCAUUAUUAUCUAUCUAUCUAUCUAUCUAUCUAUCUAUCUCUAUCUAUCUAUCUAUCUAUCUCAGUCUACUUUUCAUUAUCUAUCUAUUUUAUCUAUCUAUCUAUCUAUCUAUCUAUUCAAUUUAUUUCUUCUUUUCUCUUCGAAAUUACUUUUUACUCUUUUCAUUCGUUUUUCUUGUCUUCAAAAUUUCACCAUUUUUUCCUUUUUUCCGUUCUUUUUCACAUUUUUUUUUCUGUAUUUUCAUUUUUCAUUCCGACUUUCUUUUCCUUUCUUUUAUUAUCACUUUUUCCAUCUUUCUUUCUCCUAGUUUUCUUUUUCUCUGGUUUUCGUUUUUCUUUCCUUCUAGUCUCUUUUUUUCUUGCUUCUUUGAAUUUUUUAAAAAUAUUUUUGCUCUUUUUUAUUAAUUUUCUUUUCUCUCUUUCUUUCUCUAAUUAUUUGUUUAUUCUGACUUUCAUUAGCUUUCGUCUAUUAAUUUCUAUUUUCUUUCUUUCUUUUUUUCUUUCAUUCUUUUAUUCAUAUUCUUCUUUUCUUUUAAUUGCAUCUAGUUUUUAA